GUAAGCAGGUUGUAGCACUAAUGCGGUUAAAUAUACCGUUGUCACAGACUGUAUUCAUAGAUCUAUUUUAACCGAAAGCAGUAGGGUGAUUCUCAAGAAAUCCAGAUUUAGAAGGUGUCCAGCAUCAGAUUUUUUAAGAAGCCGAAGCCUUAAUUACAGUUUUUAGAUGAUUAAUAUGAUCAUCAAAAAUUAUCAUUACUGCAACAUGAUAUUACAUUAAAUAUAUGUAUUUACAAACUAAUGUUUCAGUAAUGAGAACUAAAAAGUUGUCUAGGUACUAUGACAAACAAAAUUUCAACUUUUAUCUGGAGAGAAAAAAUAAGAACUGCUUACCUGGUAGCCAUCUUGAGUGUCACAGUCUAUUAUGUCCCUUCCAACUAUUUUUUUUUUAAAUGUUAGUUCCUUGAGGGCUGAAACAAUGAUUGAAAAUUGCUGCGGAGGUUGAGAAAAUUGGUCUUGGACACAUUUAUAUUCCUUUUUAUUGUCUCUACAUUUACCAAUAAUCACCAAAUACCUCAUGGUUCUUUACUGUAAAUUUUUAUAGUAUAACAUGCACUGAAGCUUUUUAUUUGUUAGAUUUUUUAAUAAUAAAUAUUUCCAUGUCAAAGAACCCAAAUCCAGUCAUGGACACGUUGAGGUAAUGAAAAUUUUGUGGAAAAAACAAAAUUGGUUUGUAUGAUGUCAUUUGAAAUCAUGUGCAAAAUAUAACAUGAAGAGAUGGUUGUAACUGUAUGCUUCUUAUUUUCAUAGCAUUUACUUUUUUAUCAAAAUGUUUCAUGACAUCUCAUAAGUCUAAUUUCGCGAGAAUCACCCAGUAGCUCAUUUGCAUUUAUAGGUACACACAUCAAAACAGCACUUUUUUUCCCCUCGCCCAAAAAGGGGCAUUUUGGACAUCCUAUAACAAAUGACCUGUGAGGAAUUUUGAGCAGAAACUUCACAGACACAUGCAACCACAUCUGAGACUUAUAGUCUUGUAAAAAUAGGCAUAGUAUUGGCCCUUCAAGAAAUGUUAUUUGUAAAUACUUAUUAUAGGACAGCGUAUCCCCAGCAAGCAAUGCCAUCAUGUUUUUGUUUUUUUUUGCCAAAACAACCUAUGGGAUGUACGACAUACCAUCAUGUAAGCAAAUUCAACAGUGAUUAUUAUGAAGAUGUUUUUUAAAGUAUUUAUUUAUUUUGGGCUAUAGUUAGACGUCUUAAUUUUCACCAACAGCCCAAAUAUUGUUAAGCCUAGAUGUUUGGGCUAUUAGACGUCUUUUAAAUGCAAAAUACCUGCUGGGUUAUUUAUUGACACAUAUUUAGUGAAACACACUGUAAAUUGUACUAAUCUCUUUCAGGUUUAACUACUGUAAUCUUACUGCUCAAUGCUGUAAAAUUGUGGCUUCAGCUCUACAAUCAUCUGAUUCAGUCCUGAAAGAGCUUGACCUGAGUAACAAUGACCUACAGGAUUCAGGAGUAAAGAUACUCGCUGCUGCAAUGAAGAAUCCAAACUGUAAACUGGAGACACUGAGGUUAUCUGGCUGUAUGGUGACAGAGGAAGGCUGUUCUUAUCUGGCCUCAGCUUUGAAAUUAAACCCUUCACACCUGACAGAACUGGAUCUGAGUUACAAUCAUCCAGGAGAUUCAGGAGUGAAGCUUCUCUCUGAUUUACUGGAGGAUCCACAUUAUAAACUGGAUAGACUUAGUGUUGAACACGGAGGUCCCUCCAGGUUGAGGUGCACACUGCGGAAAUAUGCCUGUGAUCUCACACUGGAUCCAAACACAGCACACAAUCAUCUCAUUCUGUCUAAUGAGUACAGGAAAGUUAAACAUGCAAAAGAGAUACAGUUGUAUCCUGAUCAUCCAGAGAGGUUUGAGCACUUUGAGCAGGUUUUGUGUACAGAAAGUCUGACUGAACGAUGUUACUGGGAGGCUGAAUGGAGUGGGAAAUUGGUUCAUAUAUCAAUGGCAUAUAAAGGAAUCAGCAGGAAAGGAGAGAGGCACUGUAGUUUUGGAAAAAAUGAUAAAUCCUGGUGUAUUUUCUGCACUGAAAAGAUGCUCACUACUUGGCACAACAGCACCUCCAGUGAUAUCCGUGUCCUUUCAACUCACUACAAGAGAAUAGGAGUGUAUCUGGACUGGUCCGCCGGAAUUCUGUCCUUUUAUAGUGUUUCUGACACUGACAAACUCACACACUUACAUACAUAUUACACCAACUUCACUGAACCACUCUAUGCUGGAUUUAGUGUUUUUGAAGCUACGGUGUCUCUGUGUCAGUUGAGAGACUCUUGUUAGAAACAGGAAAGAUUUAGUUUACCCAAAAAGGAAAAUUCUGUCAUCAUUUACUCACUUAUGUUGUUACCAAACCAUUUGUGAGCCACAUUCAGUUCCAUAGUAGGACAAAGAGUACUAUGGAAGUGAACGGGGCUCACAAAUGGUUUGAUUACGAACAUUCCUUUAAAUGUCUUCCUUUGGGUUCAUCAGAACAAAGACAUUUAUACAGGUUUGUAAUAACAUGAGAGUGAGUAAAUGAUGACAGAAUUUUCAUUUUUGGGUGAACUAUCCCUUUAAGGAAUUACCCUCAGGGACUAAACAGGGACUAUUUGUGCUAUGAGGUGUGUGUUGAAAAUUAUUAAUACUGAUCAAAGAGGAAGUAACAAUUUGCAUAAUCAAUGUUUGAUGAAAAAUUGAUC